CUUAUCUAUUUCACAUAUGUCAUCACACAUACAAAUGUCAAAUUAAGUAGAACAACUAGUUAUAGUAGAAUAAUUAAACGUUCACAAUGUUGAUCAUACUUUCAAUAUUAAUUAUAGGCAAUAUUGGGUCUUUAGAAGGGGAUGACCUCUGUCAAUCUGACGCCGAGUGUUCCCGAGUAGGUUGCCUCUCACCAGCUGCAACUGCACAUUGCGAUUCCGGAGUUUGUCGUUGUCCACCUUGCACAUCGAACAAAGACUGUCCGCUACCAUGUCCUUUUCCAACAUUAGGUCAUUGCCACGAUGGUAACUGUACAUGCCAUGCCACUCACUUUAACACUCGGUGUUCUUCAGACAGUGAUUGCCCGCUACCCUGUCCUUUUGGGAUGACGGGCUUUUGUAACCACGGCGAUGGUCUAACCGACAGUAGAUGUGAGUGUCACGUUGGUCAUCAUCGAAGAUUAGUUUCCAUGGCACCCACGUGCAAUAAUGUAUCCGAGUGUCAUAUAUCGUGCCCGGAGUGGUUGGUGUUGAGUUGCGACUCUGGGGUAUGCGUUUGCCUACUCGGAUGCAAACCAAGUGAUCCUUGUUACCUCCCUUGCCCUCAUGGACAAAUUGGCUUCUGUGAUGCAGGGAUUUGCCGCUGUCACACUCCCUGCCAGACGGCUCAUGACUGCCCGUUGCCGUGCCCGUACCCUAUGUCAGGAUGCUGUAAUUCGGGCAGCUGUAAAUGUUGUAGUUAGAUUUGGUGAAAAUAUAAAUGAAAUGACUUGACUUGUUGAAACAUUUGACAAAACCAUGUCUUUUGAAUUAAAACAGUUGUAAGGUA